CGUUACGUCUGCACACGGAUCCAUCCUAAAGCAAUCACGACAACCACCGCAACGCCCUCCGCCAUCAACACCAACUCAACUAUUCAGCUACCGUUAUUGCCAUCGAUACUCCAGAAUCCAGACCAUUCCCAGAACCAUCGUAAUCGCCGACAAUGUCCACCGAUCAAGAGCGCCAACAUGCGCUUGACUCCUACAAGCAGAAACUGAUCGAGUCGCGAGAGUGGGAGUCCAAACUGAAGAACCUGCGAAUAGAGAUCAAAGGCUUGCAAAAGGAUUUCGACCAGACUGAGGAGAACAUCAAGGCAUUGCAGAGCGUGGGACAGAUUAUCGGCGAAGUCCUGAAGCAACUUGACGAUGAGAGAUUUAUCGUCAAAGCAUCUUCUGGUCCUAGAUAUGUUGUCGGUUGCAGGUCAAAGGUCGACAAGGACAAGCUGAAGCAAGGGACGCGAGUUGCGCUUGACAUGACGACCCUCACCAUAAUGCGAAUGCUCCCGCGCGAGGUCGACCCACUCGUCUACAACAUGUCACUCGAAGAUCCAGGCCAAGUCAGCUUUGCGGGUAUUGGUGGUCUCAACGAUCAGAUCAGGGAGUUGAGAGAGGUUAUUGAGCUCCCAUUGAAGAACCCAGAACUAUUCUUGAGGGUCGGCAUCAAGCCACCAAAGGGUGUGCUUCUCUACGGACCCCCGGGAACCGGCAAGACGCUACUGGCGAGGGCUGUCGCGUCAAGCCUUGAGACGAAUUUCUUGAAGGUUGUCUCGUCUGCCAUCGUGGACAAAUACAUCGGAGAGUCAGCGCGUCUUAUCCGCGAGAUGUUUGGCUAUGCCAAGGAGCAUGAGCCUUGCAUUAUCUUCAUGGAUGAGAUUGAUGCUAUUGGAGGCAGGCGUUUCUCUGAGGGCACUAGUGCCGACCGAGAGAUUCAAAGAACGCUUAUGGAACUCUUGAACCAACUGGAUGGUUUCGACUACCUCGGCAAGACCAAGAUCAUUAUGGCAACCAACCGUCCCGACACACUGGAUCCGGCUCUACUCCGUGCAGGACGUCUGGACCGCAAGAUUGAGAUUGCUUUGCCCAAUGAGAUUGGGCGAUUGGAGAUUCUGAAGAUCCAUGCUUCAAGCGUGGUGAUGGAGGGAGAUAUUGACUUUGAGAGUGUGGUUAAGAUGAGUGAUGGGCUAAAUGGUGCCGAUUUGAGGAACGUGGUGACUGAAGCUGGCCUCUUUGCGAUCAAGGACUACCGCGAUGCUGUGAACCAGGACGACUUCAACAAGGCGGUGCGGAAGGUGGCCGAGUCCAAGAAGCUGGAGGGUAAACUGGAGUACCAAAAGCUCUAAACUAAAGUAGGACCGGCCGGGGAGCUUAUGAGCCGCGCAGUAGGCACCCUGGGGUAGCAUAGAGGGAGGAUGAGUGGGGGCAGUACUAGGCUGAGGACAGUCGACACUGAAGCCUCACGAUAGCCUCAAAGAGUUGCUCUAUUUGUAAUCUUGUACCAUACCCAAACAGGAGCAGUUACGGCAUACAGUAGAACGGCCGUCAAAAUAGAAAGCCGCAGCGAAAGCAGACGUUCGAUACUAGAGAAUGCAACUAGGGUCCACCUUGUGGCCGG